GUUGAAUUUCUUUGCGAUGAUACUCAUCUUUCAUCUGUCAUCUGUUCAAUCACCGCUCAUGCACAUAGUAAGUAGGUGCCUAUGUGCCAGCCUAUCAUCUACCUAUCUCUAGCUCUUAUCACCAGAUCUGGCUGUGGUGUUUUCCCAGAGGGCUUCGGCAUUUAUGAUGGCGACUAAAUGCCUCGGAAUGUGCUCUAGCGGAUUGAUAAGACCAUGUCGUAAGAUGAUUAUAUGUAAGAGAUUUCGCGUGAAGCACUUUUUGGCAGAAUGACAACACUGCCACAAUGACCGCAAUUCAUUCGCAAGGCUGUUGUUUGUAGUUCAGCAUGAAUCAUAAUGUCUCAACGCUUGUCUGUGACUCAUCCAAUCAGAUAGCCUCGCAUAUGACUGGAGUCUCGACCCACAACCGCCACCUCGACAGAAGGUGAGGAGGUAGAUAUAACGAUACAUGUGAGAUAUCUGUUGAUUCGGCCCUGAAAUUUUCCAUUCGCCUCUUGCUGUAGCAAGUCAUUCUCUCGAGCCUUCAUUUUUUUUUUUUCCGCUUUAGCGAAUUUCUCUGUCUCAUUUUUCCCCAUUCGAAGCCGCUGUAUUUCAAAAAGCGCACAUUGUCAGCUCACUACCUAAAGUGGGUUUGCAAAAUCACAAUUUUCGCAGGCAUACAACUCAUUCGCCCAUCAUUCCUUGGCCGUGCCGGACUCAAUUGCAAAUCUGGGUUUCAAUGGCAAACGACGUGGCCCUCGAGGUGGGGUCUCAUGAACCGUUGAGAAGUCGAGGGCAGCGCGCUCGAGGUGGACGGGCGUCUAGGGGCCGGGCUGGUCGGGGUGGUCGAGGGGAUCGCCAGAGAAACUCCCGACCUACAGAGCGCGGAGAUGAGCGACAAGAAACGUCUACGCCGGCUUCAGCGUCUGCACCCGCUGCUGGUCAGCCGUCUUCACAUGCUACCCAGGAUGGUGGCGCUCCACGUGGAAGAGGUCGCAGGGAAGCUAGAGGCUCGAGAAGGGGUCGCGGUGUCGCUGCUAGUGGCCAGAGAACUACCAUCGCAGCGAACCGAGCAUUUGGUGGCCACCUUACGACGGGACCAGAAACCGAAGACCAAAACGGCGAGGCUUCUACCGGCUUGGACGCGGGCGCCGCAGUCUUUGUCCCUGGUCAGCCGUUUGUGCAACCGAGUACCAAGUCGGCAGAGAGUGCCCCUCCCAAGCCGGCUCGCCGAUUGUCUAAAUCCAAUGCUCCGGAUCUUCCUACGAGGAUCCACGAAGAUAUCAAUAAUGGACAAUACGAAUGUGUCAUAUGUACCAAUGAAGUACUACGCAACUCACGUAUAUGGUCUUGUUCAAUCUGCUGGACUGCCACUCACAUGUCAUGCGUCAAGAAGUGGUUUACCAAUAGGACUAAGCCUCCUGAACAAGACGAACAGCAACCUCAUCAGCAAGCCUGGAGAUGCCCUGGAUGUAACUCGACUAUGAACGACGAACCUGGUGUGUACCAUUGCUGGUGUGGCAAAGAGAUCAAUCCCAAAUCAGUAGCCGGUUUAACCCCUCAUGGCUGCAGCCAAACCUGCUCCAAACCAAGAGGGACUUGCCCUCACCCGUGCCCAUUAGAGUGUCACGCAGGACCCUGUCCCCCAUGCCUCCUGAUGGGCCCGAGUCAGUCAUGUUUCUGCGGGAAGAAUGUGUCUACUAAGCGAUGUGGCGAGACUGAUUACACGAAGGGCUGGAGCUGUCACGAACGAUGCGGUGACCUACUUCCUUGCGGGGAACAUGAGUGUCAAAGAAAAUGCCAUUCUGGCUUAUGUGGAAGCUGCGAAGUUCCAGUCGCAUCCCGCUGUUACUGCGGGAAAGAAUCCAAGAAUAUACCCUGCGAUACUCUUGGAGACAAAUUAGAGUCAUAUGAUUAUGACCCGAUACAGAAAGGAGAUGGCGCAACUGGAGCUGAAAAAGAAGAGCCAGGGACCUGGUUUGUUGGCGCAUUUAAGUGUAAUAAUAUUUGUGGGAGGCCAUUCGAUUGUGCCAAGCACAGCUGUCAGAGAGCCUGCCAUACACAAGACGAGGCCCAGACUCAUUGUCCAUUCUCCCCCGAUGUCAUCACCCACUGCCCUUGCGGCAAGACGCCGAUUUCCGAUAUAACCACGCCCCGUGAGUCCUGUUCAGAUCCUAUACCAACUUGUGACAAGGCUUGCAAUAAGCGUCUGGAGUGCGGACAUCUCUGCCAGGAUGCUUGCCAUAGUGGACCCUGCUCGGCGUGCGAGCAAGAGAUAGAACUUGAUUGUCGCUGCCGUCGCACGAAAACAAGCGUGACCUGCAACGAAAGAGAGUCGUGUCAUCCACUAUGCGAAAAGAUCUGUCGAAUUCAGCUCAACUGUGGGAGACAUGAGCAUGGUGCACGGUGUUGCCCGGCAGAAAAGCGAGCAAUUGAGCGCUUAGCACUAAAGCGGCGUAACAAGAGUUCAGCUGCUUCAAACGAAGAAUUUGAGGCAGAGCAUAUCUGUAUCCGCGCAUGCGGCAGGGAACUGAAAUGUGGAAAGCAUCGCUGCCAACAAAUGUGCCAUCGCGGCCCUUGUCCUUCAUGCUUAGAAGCAAUAUUUGAGGAAAUCAGCUGUAACUGUGGAAGAACUGUCUUGCAGCCGCCCCAACCUUGCGGCACAAGAGUGCCGGAAUGUCGCUUCGACUGUACGCGGCCUCGGCCUUGUGGCCACCCUCAGGUCACGCAUAACUGUCAUCCGGAUGAUAUAGACUGCCCCAAAUGUCCGUUCUUGGUCGAGAAACGGUGCAUUUGCGGCAAGAAGAUGCUCAAGAACCAACCCUGUUGGUUUGAUGAGCCGAGAUGUGGCCUUCCAUGUGGCAAGAAGUUAAAGUGCGGGACUCACUCCUGUAAUAAGCUGUGCCAUCGCUCGGGCGCUUGUGAAGAUGAAGGCAUUUCGGGGUCUCAUUGCCAACAGCUAUGUGGCAAGACACGUAGCUGUGGCCACCUCGAUACUGAACAAUGCCACGCUCCUUAUCCAUGUAAAGAAGAUAGGCCUUGCCAAGCCAAAACAUUCGUGACCUGUGAAUGCCAACACAGGAAACAGGAGGUCAAAUGUCUAGCUACCAAGGCUCAACCUUCGCCUCAGCGUUCAUCAUUGAAAUGCGACGACGAGUGCCUUCGUUUACAGCGGAAUGCGCGUCUAGCUAAUGCACUUAACAUCGACCCUCAGUCGCAUACAGACGAUCAUGUGCCAUACUCGGACACGACCCUGAAGUUCUACCGAGAAAAUCCGCAAUGGGCACAGGUCUACGAGCGGGAGUUUCGAGUGUUUGCGGGGGACAGGGGCGAGAAACGGUUAAGAUUUAAGCCUAUGAAAUCCCACCAACGCGCCUUCAUGCAUUCACUGGCUGAAGAUUUCGGUCUCGACAGCGAAAGCAGCGAUCCAGAACCUCAUCGUCACGUCUGUCUAUUCAAGACACCUCGCUUCGUCUCCGCCCCAAUGAAGACGCUGGCGCAGUGCGCCAAGAUCCGCGCCAGUCAAGAUCCGACUACACAACAGUCCACGCUAGCUAAUGACGCCACCGUCAUCCCUUAUAAUGCACUUCUCUUGACAAAUCCCCAAUUCGGUCUGACCAUUGAAGAACUGAAUGCUGCGCUAAGAAAGGACUACUCAGCUCACCCUACCGUCACGUUCCACACGAGCUUUUUGCCGUCCGAAGAGAUCGUCAUAAAAGGUUCAGGAACCUGGACCACGCAAACCCUCGAGGCCGCACUCACUGCUCUAAAGCUAACCCUACAACAAACAGUUCGACGCUUAAAACUCGCGGACAAUGUUUCCCUCUGCUCCGUCGACGAGUCCCUGAAUGUGCUCCGGCGAGAGGAAGGGCGUGUCCAAGCCGGCAGCGGAGGAUGGAGUGCUGUGGUUGGUAAGGCUGCAGCUCGACCAAAAACUGUGACUGCUCCUGCUUCCGUACCCCUUCGUAGCAAAUUUGUGGCGCUCAAGAAAGAGUCGAAGAAGAAAAUAGGGGAACCAGUAGAGGAGGACUGGGAGGCUGCAGCAGAGAGAUCAGAGAAUGAAGAGGCUGGUGCUCAAGAAGCUGUCUAACCCAUAUGUACAUUAGGCGUGAUGUUUCUAUUAUGUCAGCUUGAUGGAAACAUGGCGUACUUUAUGCGAGGAUGAUGGAUGACGGGAAUGACUACAACCUUUACCUAGACGCAGCACUAACGGUCUUUUACCAUGCUUAAUCAAACCUCGUACAUAAAUUAGAUAGCCAUCUGCUAAUACUUAAAAACACC